AAAAAGUCACUUUCAAAGUGGCUAACCUCUAAUCGUUAUGACACUUUCUGUCAACAACAAACACUUCUUGAACCUUGUCAACUUCUAAUGGUGGUUUGAAUUCAAACGUAUUUAAGUUGAUCUUCGUAGAUACCCAAAAGUAUUUUGAAAUGAAUAAUUGUAACACAAGUAUGAUUGUUGAUUAAUAGAUGUAAACGAAUGCAGCGACGGCUCGAAUGGCUGUCACGUGAAUGCUGACUGCACCAACACACAAGGUAGCCAUACGUGCACAUGUAGAGCUGGCUACACUGGAGAUGGAACCUGGUGUACAGAUAACGAGCCUCCACAACUUCAAGCUGGCACCUGUCCGUCAAAUAUAGAUGAAGUUGCAGAAGCUGGGAUGUCAGUCAAAAUGGUGACUUGGAUUAAUCCAUCAGCUAGUGAUACUACUGGUGUUGCUCCAACUAUUGUAUGUACACCACAGUCUGGCAGUGACUUUAUGAUUGGUACUCAAGAUGUCAUAUGUUCAGCUAUUGAUGCAGCUGGAAAUUGGGCUACAUCUAACUGCACUUUUACAGUCACAGUAACAGAUGAUCGAACGACUACAAAUGCAUCCGGUAAAUCUCAAACAUCCAGCAAUGUUCUAAUUAUAGUAAUUAGUGCAAGUGGUUUGACAGUGAUUGUCAUUGUCAUUGCGUUGGUGGGGUCAUACUAGUCAGAAGGAGGCAUCGUCAGAGAGACAAAGGGGCAAAUAUUAUUGCGAGGAAGCAGAGAAAUACGAAGAGGCGAAAAGAAGUUGCUCAUGAAAUGAAUGGGUACGAGAACAGCGUCGUUGGGCAGCUGAGUGUAUCACUGGAUUGCCAUGGAAACACUGCACAAGCAAAUGAGCACAAGAAUACUGAAAACGUAGCAAGUAGUUCGGCAAAUAUCUACGAGGAAGUUGGUCCAGUACCCUGGGCUAGCAGCUGGAUAAUUCCAUGGAGCAGUUUGGUUUUCAAGAAGGUCUUGGGCAAUGGACACUAUGGGGAAAUACGCAAAGGUGUAGUGAAGCUACAAGAUAAGGUCACUAAGUUAGCAGCGAUUACUCACCUUGAAGAAAAUGCUUCAGCAUUUGACACCGAGAAAUUCAUGGAAGAGUUUCGAGCAAUGUCUACUAUUGGUAAACACGCAAAUAUUGUGAGCAUUCUGGGAGCCUGUCUGAAAAAGGACGUGUGGUAUGUUGCCUGGCAAUAUCUACCAAAAGGUAACAUACACUCCUUCUUAAGAAGCAACCAGGACAAAGAAAUGACCAAGGUGUCUCCAGCGAAUCUGUUCCAGUUUGCUCUGGAUGUUGCUAAAGGGAUGCAACACAUUGCUGAAUCCGGGUUUGUUCACAGCGAAUUGUCAUCGAGGAACAUCGUCCUCAAUAAUGACAUGGUUGCCAUGGUUACUGGGAUUGGACUGUCAAAAUCAGCCGAUAUUUACGUCGAGACUUCUGAGGUAUGGGAUCCUUGUCGCUGUUGGGCCCUGGAGUCACUGACUAACAAGACAUUCACUACAAUGAGUGAUGUGUGGUCGUUUGGAGUUGUCGUCUGGGAAAUAAAAUCUCUGGGUCAGACCCCAUACGCUAGCACUGAAUCACAGGAUCUACUAUCGAUGUUGACGACUGGUUACCGUUUGGCUAAACCAAGGAAGUGUUCUGAUGAAAUGUAUAACCUGAUGCUACGAUGCUGGCAGAAAGAUCCGAACAAACGACCAAACUUUGACCAAAUUCUUGUAGGUCUGACAACGAUGAGUCGAAAGCACAAGAAAUAAAUACAAUGGAAGCCCCCCCCCCCCCCCAGUGAAGCAGUUAGUUUAAAUUCGCCUUUGUAGUUACUGCUCACAAACAAACAAGUGAAGAUCCAAGCGCAAUGCUAGGCCUACUAUUUACGUUUAAAACUAAGAAUUAUAACAAACUUAUCAUAUUAGACAAUAACUCCGGGGUAUCGUUAUGAAUAUAAAACUAGAAUAAUAUAGAAGUCCUGGUAGGGGCCAUUUGAUUUUGUCAACUUAAUACUGAUCAAUAGGCCGAAUUAUCAAUAAAGAUGUGCACAACAGAUGCACAAACGGCUUCAAAACGCAUGGCAGGCCUACAAAGGUGCUUCCUUUUGAUUGGUUUAGAGCGCAUCAUAAUUAUGAUAUGUAAUAUAUUGACUGAUCGACUGCGUGAAUGUGACGCGUUAUAAGCAGCAAACAAUGUAGUACAAAAUAGCAAAUAAUGUAUAACCCAAUAGGAACCAACAACCAAUUACAUACGAGCAACAGUUGCUCCUUUGUGUCUAAAAGCAAUACACAUCUGUAAUGGUAAAAACCAAUUUUAACUGUAAUUUGACUGUUUUUACUUGAAGGUUCACACUGGCGGUGGUCCCUCCCGGAGAGUAGUGGUUUUAACUAUAGCACUUUAAGCUGUCCGUUUGUAUAAUGGUACCCUGCAUGUGUACCAAUCAACUUAAAGACAGUGGACACUACUGGUAAUUGUCAAAGACCAGUCUUCUCACUUGCUGUAUCACAACAUAUACAU